CAGAACGGAUCCAUACGAUGGACGACGGUCGUAUGAUGACGAGGCUCCCGAGAGACGCAUCGUCCAGCAUCGUCGAAUCGUAUGCCGGACGAUCGAUCUUCAUCACCGGUGCGACCGGUUUCAUGGGCAAGAUCAUGGUGGAGAAGCUACUGCGCGAAUGUGGCGACAUACGGUGCAUCUAUUUGCUGAUACGCGCCAAAAAGGGCAUCGAUCCGGUCCAGCGCAAGGAGGAGUACGUGAAAAACAUAGUGUUUGAUCAUGUGCGCGAGAAGUAUGGCGAUCGGCUGGCCAAGAUUCGUCUCAUCCGGGGUGACAUACUGAGCGAUGGGCUCGGUCUGAGCGAGGAGGAUCACCGGGAGCUGGUGGACAACGUGGAGAUGGUGUUCCACUGUGCCGCUAACGUUCGCUUCGAUCAACACAUUCGCCAGGCGGUGGAUAUCAAUCUAAAUGGAACGAUACGAGUGCUGACGCUGGCAGAAAAGAUGCGCAAGCUGGUAUCGUUCAUACACGUUUCCACCUCGUACUGCCAGUGCAAUGAGGCCGUGCUGGAGGAGAAACAUUAUCCCGCGCCCCAAAACCCGGAAGGCAUCUCGAAGAUGGUUGGUCUACUGGAUGAUGAUAUUUUGGAUCUCAUUACGCCAAGACUGCUGAAUAACCUGCCAAACACGUACGCUUACACGAAAGCGCUCACGGAAGAUAUGGUUUAUCAGUACCGGGGCAAGCUACCGAUCGCCAUCGCCCGACCAUCGAUCGUGACGGCAGCCAUGAAGGAACCGCUUCCUGGCUGGGGCGAAGGUACCAACGGUCCCACCGGAUUGCUGAUCGGUGCCGGACGUGGUGUGAUUCGGAGCAUGCACUGCAAUGGCGACUACCUGGCAGACUUUAUGCCAGUCGACAUCACGAUGAACGCCAUCAUCGCCAUCGGCACAGAGCGCAUGAGAAAUCCACGCAAGGACGACGUGAUGUACUACAAUCUUACCUCGUCGUCCGAAAAUCCCAUCAGCUGGGGCGAGGUGCUGGAGAUGGGUCGCGUUGUGCUGAACGAGAAUCCAUUUUGUUUCGCCCUAUGGUAUCCGGAUGGAUCGAUAAAGUCCAACUACUUCUACCACCUGCUGUGCGUCAUCUUUUUCCACUACUUGCCUGCCUAUCUGAUAGACUUUCUGUUCGUGCUGUUACGUCGGAAACCCUUUUUGGUAAAGGUGCAGAAAAGGAUAUCCGCUGGGCUGACGAUACUUCAAUACUACACGACGAAACAGUGGAUUUUCCGGUGCGAAAAUGCGAAAUCUUUAUACCAGAGGCUUUCACAUGACGACCAGAAACGGUUUUACUUCGAUGUCACCGAAAUUAACUACCAGACCUAUUUGCAUGAUUUCAUCCUCGGUGCGCGGCAAUACAUCCUGAAAGAAGAACCGGAAUCAUUGCCCAAAGCACGAAAACUACUGCGAAAACUCUACAUCAUGGAUAAGAUUGUGCAGAUUGGAUUGUACGCGUUCGGGCUGUGGCUUUUCUGGACCUACUGGGAGGUAGUUACCGGUUCGAUACAGUUCGUUUUUGACACUGCAAUCGUGGGCCUACGAGGCAGUUCCGCUUCUACGGCCGGAACCGUUCGUCAGGGUCUUUGA